AUGGUUAAUUACUACGAAGUCCUAGGACUGCAUCAAAAUGCCUCGCAAGAAGACAUUAAGAAGGCCUACCGCAAGCUGGCAUUAAAGUGGCAUCCGGACAAGAAUCCUUAUAACAAGGAAGAAGCUGAGAAGAAAUUUAAAGCAGUUGCUGAGGCCUAUGAAGUUCUCUCAGAUCCUAUGAAGCGUUCUGUCUAUGACAGGCCACCCAAAGAACCAAGGUAUAGAGGGAGAGGAACAACUGGAGGCCACCCCCACAGUCCAUUCGAUUUUGACUUUGUUUUCCGUAGUCCUGAGGAGAUCUUCAGGGAGUUUUUUGGAGGAAUGGACAUCUUUGCCAAUGACUUCUGGGACAACCAAUUUGAUGAUGACAAUAAUGGAGGGGAGACCAGAAGUGGGCCUUUAGGUCUCUUUUCUGGACUUGGUGCCUUUGCCAACUUUGGAUUCAACUCAUUUGGGCCUGGCCUGCACACAAUGUUCUCCUGUAGAUCCUUUGGAGAUGACAGCAGUGGAGCACAGAACUUCAGAUCUGUUUCAACAUCUACUGAAGUGAUCAAUGGGCGAAGAAUCACCACACGGAAAAUUGUUGAAAAUGGACAAGAAAGAAUUGAAAUCGAGGAGGAUGGUCAACUGAAGUCCAUAAGAGUAAAUGGAAGAGAACAGUUGAAAUGCUAA